CGAGCAAGCGUAAAAGUGGUCUCCCUCCCUCUCUCUCUCUCUCUCUCUACCUCUGUACCUCCCUCUCUCUCUCUCUCUCUCUCUCUCCUUCCCACACUCACAAGCUCUCCAGCAGGAGCUCAGACUCAUCGCCUCUGACACCACCAGCCUCGUCUGCCCUUCCUCAACAUGAGAGGCCUCCUCCUCCUCCUCUUCCUCGCCAGCCUCCUCUUCCUCGCCGGGGCCCAGACCCAAGCCCUGAUGGACUACCUGGAGCGCAGGCUGCUGGCCAUUGAGGACCGCAUCUCCACCUGGCACGAGCAGACCAACCGCUACGCCACUGAGCUGCGGGAGUUCAAGCAGCAGAUGGUGGGCCUGCUGGAGAAUCUGGACAAGGACCGGGAGACCCUGCGCGUCGAGCUCGGCGGCGGGUCCGCGUGGGAUGGCGGAGAUGCCGGCCGACGCGCGCCUCGGGACGUGGGACAGCUGGUGGCCGAGUCACGUCGCAAGGAGAGAACAGGGCAAGUACGACCUAGCUCACGGGUGAGGCGCCUGCGUGGACGGAACACUGACCAUAUUGUGACCUGUAGUGUUCCUUUCCCAGACUGCAGGGACAUGAUCUCCAGCAUCAAAGCCAUGAAGAUCCUGAAAAGAGUGGGCGGAGCCAAGGGAAUGUGGACCAAGGACACGGGCAGGAGCUCCGCCAAGGUCUACAUCUUUAACGGGACCAGCGGCGAGGACACGCUCUACGAGUUCAGCUCCGUCCGGGACUUCACCGCCUCCACGGGGAUGUCCCGCGGCAAGCCCGUCCAGCUGCCCUUCCCCUGGGGCGGGACGGGGCACACCAUCUACAACGGCUACGCCUACUACGUGAGGGAGGGGGCGGAGUUCCAGGUGAUCAAGUACGACCUGCAGAACGGGACGGUGGCGGACAGCGCCGUGUUCCCGGCCCGGGACCAGGUGCCCGUGUACGCGCUCACCCCCGAGACCUACAUCGACCUGGCGGCGGACGAGGAGGGCCUGUGGGCCAUCUACGCCACCCGGGAGAACGAGAACGCCAUCUGCCUGGCCAAGGUGGACCCCGAGACGCUGGACGUCGAGCAGACGUGGGACACGCCCUGCCCGCGGGAGGGCGCCGAGGCCGCCUUCGUCAUCUGCGGGACCAUGUACGUGGUCUACAACACCCGGCAGGCCAGCCGCUCCCGCGUGCAGUGCGUCUUCGACGUGGGCGAGAUGGUGACCAGCGACGACGCCCCGCUGGUGUACUUCCCCAAGCGCUACGGCGCCCACUCCAGCCUGAAGUACAACCCCCUGGAGCAGCUCGUCUACGCCUGGGACGACGGCUACCAGAUCCUCUACAAGCUGGCCAUGAAGAAGAAGCUGGAGGUAUGAAGGCAGCCGGCGAGAUCCUCGAGUUCCUCGAGUUUGUGCUGGUCUUAUGAGUCACGGUCCCCCCCCCCCAAAAAAUACCGACGUGGAUCUGGGCCACACGGCUUGUUUUGUAGUCUAAAUGUCCUGCUCUACCCUUGCAGACUUACGGCAAGACUCAUGUGUGAUUGGGUUUUAUUUUCCCAAUUUCAGUAGCAGCCCUAUAGGUACCAUUCACUGAAAACAUGUUUAAUAGCAAAUAUCUACAUAUUUUUAUCUAAAUAUGUUGUUGUUUUUUUGACAUCCUUGGAUAUAUUUAGGAAUACUACUUUUUUUUUCAUGGGUAAGAUAUUAAAAGAUGGCCGUCUUUUUAGACAGCCAACAGACAAGGACUGCUCAUUUAGGGGUCCAGCCACAGAACCUGGCAGCUGCAGCAACAUCACAACACUCAUUCAAAGUGCAUUCCAAUAGACUCAUUCUUACUGUAGUAUCUUAGAUGAGAGAGAACAGUGUGGGGUUUGUUCUCUUUCCAUGGUGUCAGAAUCACGAUUUUCUGCAAAGAGUUCAUGUUAUUUCAAGGCCAGCUGCCCUGCUGCCAUUUUCAAAUGAACGAUCUAUGCAGAUUAUGUAUGCAGAAAAUGUCUGUAUCAUAUACUUAUGCCAUUUAUAUUAAUGUGGUGUAUCCAAAUUUUCUUUCAAAAACCAAGAAGUUAUAAAGAAACUAAUGUUUCAUGUUUUUUUUUUUUGUUACUGACGUUAUGCAGUGUGUGCUUAUACUGCGCACAAGCUCGUCAAAAUAAACCAUUUUGUGUGA